CUCCAGCUUCUCAGCCAGUACCUGGAGGAGAAUCCCAAAGCCACCGGGGAUGAGAUCGAGCAGUGGCUGAGGGAGUUUACGGAUGCGAUAGUUGGAGCAAGCACUGGAGCUUCUGCAAACCUGAAACCUAUUAAGCACCUGGUUGAGAAGAAGUGCAGUCUGAUAAAUAGCUUUUGGAGUGUCCAGAUGAAAACUAGGAAGUGCCCCCACUGCAGGUGCGGCAGGUCAACAGUCCGCCGUGAACACAACAGCAAGCUGAUCGUCACGAUGCCGUCAGGAGCGCAAACCGGUGGCAAAGCUGAUGACAACCUGAUGGCUGGAAAGAGAGUCUACCUGACUGCCAGUACAGCCAGAGAACACGUCAACAAACUGUGGGAAAAAGAAGGUUUCUUCCUGAAGUGUCUGUUCUCGGGGCUGGAGGAAAGCACUGGAUCGAAGAAGGGAGACCAGGUUUUCUGUCCCGAGCUCUUCUUCCUGGAGCUGCUGGUGGUCACACCUUCCAGGUAUCGUCCAAUCAAUCGCCUGGGUGACCAGAUGUUCACCAACGGUCAGACGGUCAACAUGCAGGCUGUCAUGAAGGACUGCAGCGUCAUCAGGAAGCUGCUGGCUCUCAUAGCGGGGGAGAAAUACACCGAAGAGGCAGAGGCUCCAGAACAGACCGACCAGACUUUUCUGUCUGGGGUUCCCGGACAGACGUUAACAGACAAACUGUACAACAUGUGGAUCCGCCUGCAGAGCCACGUUAACAUCGUUUUUGACAGUGACAUGGACAAACUGAUGACAGAGAAAUACCCUGGAAUCAGACAGAUCCUUGAGAAGAAGGAUGGAUUGUUCCGGAAACACAUGAUGGGCAAACGAGUGGACUACGCUGCACGAUCUGUCAUCUGUCCAGACAUGUACAUCGGAACCAACGAGAUAGGAAUACCAAUGGUGUUUGCCACCAAGCUGACUUACCCUCAGCCGGUCACUCCGUGGAACGUGAAGGAGCUUCGUCAGGCCGUGAUUAACGGGCCCAACGUCCACCCCGGAGCCUCCAUGGUGAUAAACGAGGACGGCAGGAGGACCAUCCUCUCAGCCGGCAACCUCGCUCAGAGGGAGGCGGUCGCCAAGGAGCUGCUGACGCCGUCUCCAGGUCCACAUAAGAUGCCCAUGAAGAUAGUGAACCGUCAUAUCAAGAACGGAGACGUUUUGUUACUCAACAGACAGCCGACUCUGCACAGACCUUCCAUACAAGCCCACUGUGCUCGCAUCUUACCGGGAGAGAAGGUUCUAAGGCUCCAUUACGCCAACUGCAAAGCGUACAACGCUGACUUUGACGGGGAUGAAAUGAACGCUCACUUCCCUCAGAGUGAGCUGGGCAGAGCAGAGGCCUACAUGUUAGUCAGCACUGACCAGCAGUACCUCGUCCCCAAGGAUGGUAAACCUCUAGCAGGUCUGAUCCAGGACCACAUGGUGUCAGGGACCAGGAUGACCAUACGAGGCUGCUUCUUCACCAGAGAUCAGUACACGGAGCUGGUGUACCGAGGACUGACCGACAGACCAGGCAGAGUUAAGCUGCUUCCUCCAGCCAUCCUCAAACCGCAGCGACUGUGGACAGGAAAACAGGUUGUGUCGACUCUCCUGCUCAACGUCAUCCCAGAGAAAGCGGUGCCUCUCAACCUGGUCGGCAAAUCAAAGAUCCCCAGCAAAGCGUGGAUCCAGCUCCCGCCACGAUCCGCUCCAGGGUACAAACCCGACAGCAUGUGUGACUCUCAGGUGGUGAUCCGUCAGGGGGAGCUGUUAGUCGGGGUUCUGGACAAAGCUCACUACGGCUCCUCAGCCUAUGGUUUGGUCCACUGCUGCUACGAGCUGUACGGAGGAGAGACCAGCGGCAAACUGCUCAGCUGUCUGGCUCGACUCUUCACCGCCUACCUGCAGCUGUACAGGGGCUUCACCCUGGGUGUGGAGGACAUUUUGGUGAAACCAGGCGCCAACAGCCGGAGGACAAAAAUCAUUCAAGAGUCACUGAAGAUUGGCUCUCAGGCCCUGCAGGCAGCUUUCAACCUGCCCUCCAACGUGGAUCAAGCCGAGGCCCAGAGUCGCUGGCAGGACGCUCACCUCAACCCCGACCAGAAGGACUUCAGCAUGGCCGACCACAAGUUCAAAGAAGUGGCCAACCAAGUGAACAAUGACAUCAACAAGGUGUGUAUGCCAAUCGGCCUGCACACCUCUUUCCCAGACAACAACCUCCAGCUGAUGGUCCAAUCAGGAGCCAAAGGUUCGACAGUGAACACGAUGCAGAUCUCGUGUCUGCUGGGUCAGAUUGAGCUGGAGGGUCGUAGACCUCCUCCGAUGCCUUCUGGGAAGUUCUUGCCUUGUUUCCAGCCGUACGACCCUUCACCCGGUGCUGGGGGCUUUGUUUCUGGAAGAUUCCUCACAGGCAUCAAACCACAGGAGUUCUUCUUCCACUGUAUGGCCGGCAGAGAAGGGCUGGUCGACACAGCUGUGAAAACAUCUCGGUCAGGAUAUCUGCAGAGAUGUGUCAUUAAGCACCUGGAGGGUUUGGUUGUGCAGUACGAUCUGACGGUGAGGGACAGCGAUGGAUCGGUGGUGCAGUUCCUGUACGGUGAAGAUGGACUGGACAUCCCCAAGACUCAGUUCCUGCAGCCACGACAGUUUCCCUUCAUCGAGGACAACUACGAGGUCAUCAAAAGGUCUCAGGGCCUGGAUGAGAUUUUGGCCCGUUUGGACCCUCAGACUGCCAGCAACCACUUUGCAGCCAUUCAGCGCUGGAAAACAAAGAGAGACGUGGCCUGUCCACGGAGAGGAGCGUUCCUGCUGUUUUCUCAGAAGAAGCUGGCAAAGCUAAAACAGCUUGAACUCGAAGCUCCGCCUGGUGCCACCAGAGAUCCGGCGGUACUGCAGCUCGUACAGCAGUGGCUCGACCUGGACGAAGCCGGCAGAUCGAAAUACUGCAGGAAGUCCUCCCGCUGCCCUGAACCCUCGCUGGGCUUGUUAAGGCCUGAUGUCUGCUUUGGAUCAGUGUCUGAAAACUUCCACAGCAUCACAGAGAAAUACCUGCAGAGCAGAGGCAGCGAGAGCGAAGACAGCGUGGACACACACAGGUACUGA